AUGGCAACGACUUUCAACGACGAAAACUCUCUAUUCAACUUCGUCGUCAGAGACGGCAACGGUGUGAAAGGCCUAGUCGAUUUGGGCGUGUCGAGAGUCCCGGAGAGAUACGUGCAACCGCCGAAGGAGCGCAUAGAGAAGACGAAUAAUGACACAUCAUCUCCGCAUCGGGUAGCGCCGAUCGAUCUGUCGAAAUUGGACGGUCCCGAUCGGGAGGAAACGGCGGAAGAGAUCAUUCGCGCCGCCGAGAGUGUGGGGUUUUUUCAGGUGGUGAAUCACGGAGUGCCGCUGGAGCUGCUGGAGUCGCUUAAAAACGCAGCGUUUCGUUUCUUUGAGCAAGAGGCUGAGAAGAAGGCUGUGUUUCUCAAAGGGGUCAGCCCCAGUCCGCACGUUAAGUACGGAACGAGCUUUGUGCCGGAGAAGGAGGUUGCUUUGGAGUGGAAAGAUUAUGUGAGUAUGGUUUAUACCAAUGAUGAUGAUGCUCUUGCUUAUUGGCCCCAGUAUUGCAAGGAAGUGUCGCUUGAGUAUCUAAAGACAUCAAUAAACAUGGUGAAAAAAAUACUUGAAGUUCUCAUUGCUAAGCUUGGAGUGCCAUCAGAGGAGUCCUCAGAGAUUAUUGAAGCUCUGAUUGGUCUCAAAAUGGUGAACAUGAAUUACUAUCCGGCAUGCCCUAAUCCGGAGCUGACCGUCGGCGUCGGCCGCCACUCCGACAUGGGAGCCCUAACUGUGUUGCUACAAGAUGGGAUUGGUGGACUUUACGUGAAAAUUGAAGAAGAAAUGGAUGAUGGUGAUGACGAUGACGAUGACGAUGAUGAUGAUAGUACCAAUAUUGAAGGAAAGAAAGGACAAUGGAUGGAGAUUCCUCCUAUUUCUGGUGCUUUGGUCAUUAAUGUUGGUGAUACAUUACAGAUAAUGAGCAAUGGAAGGUACAAGAGUGCAGAGCACAGGGUGCGAACGACGAGCAGAGAAUCAAGAGUGUCAGUCCCAAUAUUCACCGUCCCAAAACCAACCCAAAAGAUUGGACCGCUGCCUCAGGCGGUGGAGAAAGAUGGGUCCCCUCGCUACAGAGAGGUCUUGUUUCAGGAUUAUAUGGCUAACUUUUUUGGGAAUGCACACCAUGGAAAGAAAUCUCUUCAUUUUGCUCAUGUUGACUACUCUAUAUAAAUCUAUCACCAAAUCUGAGGGUUUUUGUUUUUUCUUUCUUCUUUCUCUGUGUUGUUGGGAUGAGUAGUAGUAAUAAUUAUAGUAAUAAGGAACGAACAAUCAUGGGGCUCUUGAUAUUUUCCAUGUAAUAAUUAAUUAUUGUCUUUACACUUUCACCAACAUCUUUAUAAAAGAUAUAUUUGACUUGUUUGGCUAA